AUGAACACUGGGGUUGACACAACUAAACCAACAACGUUUAGUGCAAUUUUUAAGCACAUUUCACCACCAACCGCUGUAGAUAAUUGCCUUUAUUGCCACCUAAUUCAUCCUAAAUUAAAAAACCUUGUCAUUACUCGUGGUGGAUUCGUUGAAAUAUAUAAUGUUAAGUCCAGUGCUUCUGGGGAAACGCGAUUUAAUUGGGUAUACGGAACAUCCGUAUACGAAAAUAUCGCUGACAUUGUCACUGUACGCUUCACAGGUGAUCUUUUGGAUUCACUUCUUCUGAGUUUCCCGGAAGCUAAGGUUGCUGUAAUGAACUUCAAUCCUAUCACAUUUGAACUAAGGACCUUAUCCCUUCACAACUACGAAUUUGAAAACCUUAAGUCAGGUCGAAUGAACUUUACAAAGCUUCCUAUUCUAAGGCUAGAUCCACACCAACGUUGUGCCGUUAUGCUAGUAUACGACCGUCAUCUCGCCGUUUUACCUUUCCGACGUACAGAAGUUUUAGUGUCCGCAGAAACAGAUCCAAAACAUAUUAGCGUCAGAAACUCGCUUUUGUGGCAGCAAAGAGCGACAGCACCAUUAUUAGCCACGUUUACGACGUGUCUAAGCACAUCAACUGGAGAAAAGAUUAACAAUGUCCUUGACAUGCAAUUUCUUUACGGAUUUUAUGAACCAACAUUGUUGGUGCUAUAUGAACCCAUUGGUACGUGGGCAGGACGCGUUUCAGCUCGAAGAGACACAUGCUGCAUUGUGGCACUAUCUUUCAACCUUCAAAAGCGGACGAAUCCAGUUAUAUGGUUUCAAGAAUCUCUACCAUUUGACUGUCGUUCAGUCAUUUCUGUACCUCAACCGAUAGGUGGAGUCGUAGUUAUGGCUGCAAAUUCCAUUCUAUAUUUGAAACAGACGCUCCCAUCAUGUGGUCUCCCACUAAAUUGCUAUGCACAAAUAUCGACCAAUUUUCCUAUGCGUCAAGACGUGCCAUCUUGCGGUCCGUUAAGCAUUGACGGUUGUCGUGUAGUUACUUUAAAUGAAACACAGUUUUUGAUUGGUACACGAUCUGGGAAUCUCUAUUUGCUCUCACUCUGGCUUGAACAAGCCACUCAGACUGUGACCAGUUUGCUGUUUCAUAAAGUUGGUCACGCAGUACCUCCUCAGUGUAUGAUUCUUCUAGAAUCGAAAUAUCUAUUCAUUGGUUCACGCUUUUGCGACUCUGUCUUAAUGAAAAUCGAUUAUUCUUUAUUAUGUGUUGAUGCAAAUGGAAAAGAAGUAGAUCAUCAGCUAUUAGAUCAAUCUAGUGGUACUAAUAAUACGUUAAAGAACUCAAAACUUGCAGAUGGCAAAAGUAUUGUUGAAGACGAUUCCGAUGAGAUUCCUAAUAAAUGUCCUCGUAUAGAAAGAGAAGGAGAAAACGACAAGAUGAUAUCAAAGUCGCUAUCACAAAGUACAAAAAGGAAUACACCAAAUGAAAGUGAUAUCGUAUCAGACAAUCAUUAUAAAUUUGAUGACGUCGAUGUUGAACUCUAUGGCGAAAGUAUUCUUAGUCCGCCUUCGAUUUAUCGAGAAAUUAUUAAUUAUAGUUUUAAAGUAGUAGACCGAUUGAUCAACUUGGGACCAAUGGGACAACUAACGUCUGGUGAAGUUCCAUGUUUAGCUCCUGGUAAUACUGAUCCUACAGAUGAGGCUCUUACUUAUGCACAAGCAGAGAUGCACCAUGUUGAGUUAAUGGCAUGUAUACCACGUUCAUUUAAUGUACCAACUGAGAAGAAUCCGGUUUCUGGUGGAGGUGUAGCACUUUUGCAUACAAGUGUAAGACCAAGAGGUUUAACUGCUUUUGAAUUGCCUGAAUAUAUGAGUUUAUGGUCCCUUUAUGGUCCACCUAUAGUUACUCCUGUUCAAAGCAUUCCUUCCUCUCCUGUUAGUAAACCUUCAAUUGGAACAAACAGCAGUCCAACUACAGCUUCAAAUGGAAAACUAGAAAUACCAGACAUUCAUUCAGAAGAAGAAAAGGUAGAUGAGAAUUUAGUAGAAAAACCAACAGAACUCAACGAAGAUACUGAGAAAACUACAGGUGCCACUGAAUCCAUUACAGAUAAUGAUACAGACAAAGAAACUUCUAAGGAUAAUGAACCAGUUGUAAAUAUAUCUGAUGAAAAUGAAAAAAAAGUUGUAAAUGAAGACAAUUUUGAUGCAGAAUCGGAGCUAUCUAAUGAUCUAACACAUAGUUAUCUUUUACUGACUAGAGAAGACUCUACAAUGAUUCUUGAAGUGAGUCAUGAAAUAGUGGAACUUGAAGUAAGUGGAUUCAAUACUACAGAAAUGACUGUGGGUGCAUUCAAUUUGGGUUUUGAGUAUAUUCAACAAGUUAGACGAGAAACAAAUAAAAACAAUGAUGAUUCUGAUAAUAUACCAGAUCAAUUGACUACUUUUGCAACCACUAAGUCAACCAAACGAAAUGAAAUGAAAUCUAAAGAAUAUAUUGUGGGAAUUGAUUAUCCCUACAUAUUACAGGUUUCACCUACAUCUUUACGUUUACUUGAUGGUCCAAGACUUAUAGAGUAUGUUCAAGUGACAUUAGAAUGGCGUAUACAUUUAGCUAGUUGUGCUGAUCCUUAUAUUUUAUUAUGCACUGAAGAUGAUGAAUUAUUUUUAGUACGGUUAAAAAGUCAAGAUGACAUUAAUAGAUUUAGUCCAAUAAAAAAGUCAAAUAAUAAAGUUAUUACAUCUACACUAAUCGAUGAAAAUGGUGAUCAACCUGCAAAAUCAAUAUCUACAACUCAUUUAGAAGUGAUCAGACCGAAAGUUAAACAGGUAUCUGCACCGCUUUGUUUCAGUUUAUAUCAUGAUUAUGCUGGACGUUUAACUCGAUGGCUUUGGGCUUGUAAAGACUUACCAGCUGACAAUUCAUUUUUCAACCUACACACAACUGCUUCUCUGGAUCACUUAGUUUCUUGUCCAGGAGUUACAUCUUGGCCAGAACCUGGGUCAACUACUCCAGCUGCGGAUGUCACAGCACCAUUCGCUUCACCAACAGAGAAAUCCGCACAAUUGAUCAGUGCAUCAGAAGAAGAAAGUAUUCUACUUUAUGGUGAACCAAUUGAAAUUUGUAAAAGAGAAGGUUCUGUAGCGCUUGGUAAUAAUACAUUGCAACCACCUAAAUUUUCUCUGUCUACUACAUCUCAUUCAUCUUUAAACAAUAGUUUGACGGAAGCUAAUGUUAUGGAUGAUUUAACAGAAGAAAAACUAUCGAAGUAUUUCGCAUUUAUUGUAUUCACCAAUGGUGUGCUUGAAAUUUAUAGUUUACCCGAUUUUACUUUACUCUAUGAAGUCCAUCAUUUCACAGAUCUUCCACAAAUGUUGAUAGACCAUCGAGGUGUAAGUAGUGAACAACUUCAUAAGCCGUAUACAAACUCACAAAAUGUACCAUAUACAGAAGACGAAAGUAUACCACCGUCGAUUUUGGAAAUUCUUGUCUAUCCUAUCGGAAUCGAUAAAGAUCGCCCAGUGUUAAUGGUUCGAACUAGUCAAGAAAUAGCAUUUUUUGAAGCAUUAUGCCCUUUACCAGAUGAAGCGCAUCCUCUUAUUUCUGGAACAUUUUAUGAAGGAAGAUUACGCUGGAGACGUUUACCUUUACCUUGUCCACUUGUUGCACCACGUCGUGUCCGAACUGAUCCGAAAAUUAUGGAUGUUCAGUCCACAUUAUUAACCAGAACACAUAUGCUGAGAAGUUUCGAAAAUAUUGGAGACCAUCGUGGUGUAUUUGUAUGUGGAGGAAAUCCUAUUUGGUUAUUUGCUACAGAAUCGGGACAACUUCGUGUAUUUCCACAUUCAAUCGAUGGAAUAAUGGGUAGUUUCGCACCAUUGAAUGCAGAAAUUUGUCAUUCAGGAUUUGUCUAUUUCACAUUCUCUAAUGAAAUGCGUCUAGCUACCCUACCUCCAGGCUAUUCGUUUAAUGAACAUUUAGGAAUAAAAUGGAUUACUCUUGAUCCAGUGCCUUACUAUGUACAAUACCAUGUAGAAAGUAAGACAUAUGCUGUUGUCGGUAUUCAUUCAGAACCGUGUAAAUCUGUAUUUCGAUUAAAUGCUGAAGGUAAUAAAGAAGAAGAUGUUUUAGUUCGUCCUAAAACAUGUGUUCUACCAACCUUAGACUAUUACUCUUUACAAAUGUAUGCACCAAAUUUAAAUGCUAAUCAUCGUAAUAAACAAUCCCCAUGGCUAUUAAUUCCCAAUACGCUCAUUGAAUUUGAACCGUGGGAAGUUGUCACAUGUUUGAUUACAGCACAAUUAGCAUCUGAAGAAACGUUUCAUGGUACAAAAGAUUAUUUGGCUUUAGGUGCAAAUUUAUCAUAUGGUGAAGAAAUACCUGUACGUGGUCGAAUUCUUAUUUUAGACGUGAUUGAUGUAGUACCAGAACCUGGUCAACCACUUACACGACAUAAAUUGAAAAUUAUACAUGAUGGUGAGCAAAAGGGUCCAGUGACAGCUUUAACUAGCUGUCAGGGUCAUUUAAUCAGUGCAAUUGGGCAAAAGAUCUAUAUUUGGACAUUGAAGAAUACUGAUCUUGUGGGUGUAGCAUUUGUUGACUCGGAAUUAUACAUCCAUAAUUUAUUAUGUGUGAAAAAUUUAGUUUUAGCAGCUGAUGUAUUAAAAUCUGUUCAGUUGUUAAGAUUUCAAUCAGAUUUACGUGUUCUCUCUGUUGUCAGUCGAGAUAAUAUCUCUAGAGAAGUGUAUACAUCCAACUUUUUUGUAGAUGGUCGACGUUUAGGAUUCAUGGUGUCUGAUGAAUUGGGCAAUGUUACCAUCUAUAGUUAUGAUCCAUUAGAUCCUUCAAGUCGUUCUGGAAGACGGCUUGUUCGUUGUGCAGAUAUGCGUUUACCGUCUCGUGCAACCUGUUCACUUCGUGUGGCCAAUCGACUUAGACAUGCUUUACUCUCAGUUAAACCUUCGUCAACAACUACAGCGUCCGCAUUGACAGCAGGAACUUCAGCGAUUAACCAGAAUCCUACUAAUACCAUUUUAGAUAAUAUAAGUCUUGUUGAUUCUGUUAGUCAAACGAAUAACUUAAAACAAUCACAACAACAAUCUACAGCUGCACAACAAGGGACUACCAAUCCUAACUCUGGUGUUGAUCCAGAGAAAUUUAGACAAUCUAUAUAUUUUGGCAGUCAGAAUGGUUCUAUUUACCGAAUCGGUCCUAUACGUGAUAAAAUGUAUAGUCGCCUUCGUAUAACUGAGAAAAAUUUAAUUCAUCAUCUUGGACCUAUUUGUGGUAUGCCACCUAAAUCAUGUUGGUCAUAUAAUCGUCCUCAACCAGAAUUAGCUAAUCCAUGCGGUAAAGUUGCAGAUGGUGAUUUAAUUUGGCGUUAUCUAACUUUACCACAUUGUCAACGUUUAGAGAUAGCUAAAAAAUCCGGUCAAAGUUUAGAAAGUAUAAUGGAUGAUAUAGCAGAAUUGAUUGCAACUACAUUGCAUUUCUGA